UUGCGCGAAUUACGGUUACGAAAGGUUGCUGACGACAAAGGGCCGGCGUCCAAAACAAACAUUUUUCCCAGUGCCAGUGCCAGUGCCAGUACUCUCUCCCAGAGUGCGUUCUCUUCACUGUGUAUCCUGUGCCCUGUGUCCUCUGUGUGUGUGUGUGAGUUUCGGUUGUUGUGCCGCGACAUUGAAACGGUUUUCUUGGAGAUUCGAAAAGAACACUCGCCCCCAGAAUAUAUAUUUGGGAAAUACACACAUAUCGCCUUGGGAACUGACCUACGACAAGGCACCUUAAUGAACACGUAACUGACCUAAGUCACAAGAAAAAGAAAGCAGCCAGACAAUACUCGUGUAUAUGAAGAAACUUUUGCACAUUUCUAGCCGUUUACAGUGAAUAGUUUAUAGAAAGUAACAUAAAAUAGGACUAGGCAGGUAGUAGGAACCCAAUCUAGGAGUAGAGAAGUGCUAAGCUAAGACUCUUUCGUUGAAUUAUCAUAUCAGUUGCAAUCGCGCACAGAGAACAUCAAGAGAACAUCCCAGGAGGUUUUCGAACACUUUCGCCAGAAGCCAGACGCCAAAGGCAAAGUAAUCCCGAUCCAAUACGAUCCGGACAUUUUCUGAACAUCGCUCGCUUAAACGUUGAAUGGUUGUGAACUGUAGUAAGCAAAUAGCGAAUUAGCUGCAUAGAAUCUCCGCAUCUUUAUCUAACCCAUAGACCAUACUCAGUACCAUAGAUAACUUAGCACAUAGAUCGCCCAGAGAAACUGUUGACUCAGCCAGAUAUUCGCGUACUGUAUGUAGUAAUGUAGUUCUCAAUUCUCAGAUUAUAGUGAAGUGAAUAUAAUCGGUGUUUAAUCCAAAGUUAUCCAACGCAAAUAGUGCUUACACGAACUGUAAUUAAGAAACGCAAGUUUAAGUGCUUGGAAAAUGUGAAAGAAAUACGAUCGAACCUCGAAAUACUCAGAGCUAUCUUGAGUUGAACAUUUCCAUAAAUGGUCUCUCUGCUGGUGGUUGUUGCGCUGCUUCAUUGAAUCGCUGGGCUCUCAUCCCGCCCCCCGCGUCCGACAUAUAUGCGUCACUAAUUUGCAAUGAUGAGUUAUCAGAAGGGCCUCAAGGAUCCAAGCGUGGACAGGCAUACCACUAAAGCCAAAUCACGGCAUUUUACGGUGAAUGGUCUGAGUGCCAAUAACACGCUUCAGCAACAGCAGCAACAGCAGCAGCAGCAACAAUAUAGCCUGCAACCAUCGAAUGACACUCGCAACAUAUACAACAAUCCCUAUAUACCACCCCAACAGCAGCAGCAACAGACCCUGCAGCAGCAACAGCAGACCCUGCAGCAGCAACAGCAGACCCAGCAGCAGCGUUCUGCUCACCUGUUCAAGGCUCUGGCUGCAUCUACUGCCGGGGGCAGUAAUAGUCUAAGCCAUCCCUACGACUUCUCCAACUCGUCCUCUUCGUCGAAUGCCAAUAAUGAGCAUCAAGGAUCAUCGUCUUCAGAAGCAGAAAAUGCUUUUUUAACUCAUAAUAACGGUAAGUGCGGUACAAUAUAUGGAAUGGGAUGAAAGUUGGGCUAAAACUGGUCAAUAUUCAACCAUAAGCAGU